GUAUGACCGAAUAAUCUUGAACGCAAAGUAUCAUGGCUACCGCUGUAUAAAACGUGGUGACGAUAAAACUACUAUUAAAUCAAGCAAAAUAUGUCUCUACAAGCGUCAGUGACAAAGUCUAGAGAAUUAUUUAAACGUAUUCUCGCUCUAUCCUCCAAUAAAAGUCACAGAACAAUCUUACGAUGUUAUUCAACAGAGAACAAAAUAAAAAGAUUCGCCGUUCGACUUAAUGAUCGUUUGAAAAUUUUAACACAACUAUUUGCUAUACAGUGUAAUUUUAUAGCAGCACAAAGAAUUAGGAGAACUUUUCAAAUGGUCAAUUUAUAUUAUAAUCUGGGUUAUAACUCAAGUCACUUCAAAAAUUUCUUCCAACUGUGUGCCUCUAGUUUCUAUAAGUCAAGAAGAGUACCAAGGUUAUUUGCUGCUCUUGGAGCUUCUGUACUAUUCAACUGGGAUGAACAAAAAAUUAACGAUGAUGAAAUUGAAAGCUGUGCGGGUGAAAUAGCUAUUUUUAACAAAAUGCAAGAUAACGCAGAGUCUAAUAAAGAAAUGACCUUGAACGAAUUUACCAAUGAAAAAUGGGAAACGAUUAUAACAGCUAAAAAUCUACUUGUUUAUCGAAGACCAUUAGAAAAUUCAUAUUUAUACGAAUACAAAGUCUUUGGAUCCUUCUUCGAUGUAUCAGCAAGAGCAUUCUUCAGUGUUCAAGCCGAUUUAGGUUAUAGGAAAGAAUGGGAUAAGCUUGUUGUUGAUUUAGAUGUGGUCGAUAGAAAUGAUGACGGAUCUGAAGUCGUUCAUUGGGUAACGCAUUUCCCUUAUCCGAUGUAUCGGCGGGAUUAUCUCUAUAUUCGGAAAUCCGUUGUUGAUCCACAUAGAAAAUUGAUGAUAAUGGUGUCUCGAGCCACGGACCAUCCUAAGAAACCAAUUACCGAUGAAUAUGUUCGAGUUUCGACAUAUCGUUCCGAAAUGUGUAUCAAACCGCACACAAACUUUGAUGACAAUGGAUUUGAUUAUAUUCUAACCUAUUACGACGAUCCUAAGGGCAAUUUUCCAAGCGCAGCCUACAGAUGGAUGGCUAGUAAAGGAGUUCCUGAUUUUGUAGAGAAAUUACACAAAGCUGCUUUAACGUAUCAGAGUCGUUACCCAAAUGCCAAUAUGGAUAGAUUAAAAAAGAAAAAACAUAUAUUGUAUGAAGAUGACAGCAAGGAAGAAGAUUGUCAAAAAGUACCGAUGUAA